UCCGCCGGGACACCCUCAGCCCGCCGCUCGGCUUUCUCCUGCGGGGAGUGCAAGAAGCCGCUGGAGGAGGGAUGGAGUCCUCCAAAAGAAGGCGGGAAGCCUUUGGCGCCCCCGAGGCUGCUGCAGAGAGCUCUUCUGCCUGCAGGGGAAAAGCUAGAGCAGAGUUGCUGGGUGAGACCACCUCUGGUUGCCCCAGAGACCCCCACGCCAGAGGGGGCCCUUCCAGGCAGCGGCAGCAGAAGGUUCUACCCUUGAAGAUAACCAUGUGGAAACACAAGACUGGCCUUCCUGACUCUCAGCUGCAGGGACAUCUGAGGGAACGGCUUCGUCUUCUGGAGAACGAUGAUAGUAAAGCAAGGACUGUGUUUGGUGAGUUGUCUGCCCGGCUCUUGUCUAUUCAUAGUGAAGACCACUUAAUAGUGGUGACAUUCUGGACCUUUGAAGAAAUCUGGAAGUUUAAAACUUACUAUUCCCUUGGAUUUUUAAAGCAUUGCAUGGAGAAUCUGCUGCUUGGAGACCAUUUCUGGCUUUUUACACAAGAGGAGGAGGAGGAGGCAGCAGCUGGUCUUGAUGUCCAUUUAGAUGAAGAAUGCCUUGGUGUGAUAUACAGAGAUCUCUUAAUUCAAGAAGGGGCCUUCUUUGUAUUUCAUCGUGAAAACGUAAGUGAGAGGAGAGGUUCAGAUCCUGGAGGUCGAAUUUACCCGCUGAAUCGAGCAACUGCUGAGAGAGCUUUGGAGGCAGCCGAAUGGGACUCCCUCGCUGAGGGACUCUCAAAGCCCUUGGUCCCUUUUCAGCAAUGGUUUCUUAAAGCAAACAUGGACCCUGCUGACUUUGCCAAAGAAUCCCAACAUGUUGGUACCAAUCAAAUUGGCCCUGAUUAUAUAGCUGUGGGAGCUUCAGUAGCCAUUAUUGGCCAUGCAAGCGCUGUGCCAGAGGAAAUUGACUUCCAGGAAGGAGACAGAAUUGAAAUUAUUGGCUACUUCAUGAAAAGCAUGCAGUGGUUUGUGGGAAGGCUGGUCCCUCAGGGCCGAAUUGGUUUUGUACAGAGCGCUCAUGUUAAACCAGACAUCUUCAAGGAAUCACUAUGCCUGACUUUCAUUGAAGAUGAGUAUCCUUUCUUCACCAAAGAAAAAGCCCUUUCAGAAGAUAACAUGAUAACACUCUUGAAACAAACAUCACAUGAAGACAUCUGUAAUGUGUACCGAAUAGAUGGAGAAGAAGAUUUUGAAUUUGAACAAUCCAUGAAGCAAGGUAUUUCACAUUCAUCUCUUGACAAAAACUCCUGCAGAAUGAAAUGCAAGGUGGAACAGUUGCUAAGGAAAGCGAAAGACUUGUACGAGGAAGGGAGAGCUGAAGAGAAGGAGCCGUUCUCUGCUCCAGAAGCAGAAGUACCUUCUAUCCCACAGGAGCCUUGUUUCCGUAUAGGCCAAGAGGAUAAAACUGGCAGGCCAGAAGUCUCUGAUUCUUUGCUGCUGUUUCUAAACCGUAAAGGGUAUGAGACCAGCUUCAAAAACUUGUAUGAUCUUUCAUUUUCUUUUCUCAAGACUUUGUUUUAUGGCUAUGAGAGCGAAGAAGACCUGACUGAUUACUUGGGCUUGGCGAGGGAAGCCGCGAAACGAGCCCGCCUGCCGUGGGCCUUGACGAGGUUGUGCUACCUUUUGGGGAGAAUGGGUGUCCGCAAGUUUAAACUGUCUCAGGCUCGGGUUUAUUUCGAAGAAGCUGUGGCAGCUUUGCAGGGGGACUUCAGCGACCUCUAUCUUGUCACUUCUCUUUAUGCAAACCUCACUGGGAUCUACCUGCUGCAGAAGAACAAAGACAAACGCGCUUCCGUUUUGGACAAGGCUGCUUCUUUGCUCAUGGGAGUUCCCAACUAUAUCAGCAGCACAGCCAUGGAGUCAGAGAUCCUGAAACACGCUUUAAAAAGAGCCGUGCUUAGCCAAAGCAAGAGUGCGGAAGCCAGGGCCUGCCUCCUAUUAGCAAAGCAUUAUUUAAACUUUAAGCAGGGGGAAGAAGCCCUGCCGUUCCUGGAAAGGCUGCAGCUUUUGAAUCAAGACAUGGGCUUCCCAGAUAGUGCCUUGUCAACAGACUGCUUUUUUACACUUGGCCAGCUUUAUAGUCAGAAGUGUUUGCCCCACUUGGUGCUUAGCUGUGUCCACAGUGCCUCCUCCUGCAGCUCAGGUACCUUGCCCGAGUCCUUCAGGGGCAUGGAGCUAGUAUUAAAAAAUGGUCCCAAAACUGUGGGGCAAACACCCCCGUCCCAAAUUGCACGUUACCUUCGGCAGAUGCUCCCCUUGUUGGACACCAGCAACAAGCAUGGGAAACUGCGUGAUGUCAUUUGCCGCCGCCUCUCUGUCCUGUACAGCCGUCACAAGCUGUACAGGAAAGCCACUGAUUUCAUGGAGAAGGUGCUGGAUGAAAACCUGCAGGCAAGCGCUGAAGAAACGAUUAACCGCUUGCUUUUUCUCAGCUGGUUAUACAUUCUCCGCAGGCAGAAUACGGUGGCUGUGGGUAUUUUGGAUGCCAUAACCGAGUCUUUGCAGAGCAGCUGCCCGCAGUUCGGUGUUGCGCAUAACAUGCUGGCCAUUGCUUUGAGACAGUUGCAGGAUACCAAGCGGGCAGCAGAAAGCUACUAUAUCGCCCUGCACAUUUCACAAGAGAUGAACAUGAUACACAAUCAGGCGGUGGCUUUGGCCAACUUGGGGGCCCUCUGUCUGCAUUCAGCUGCCAGAAGCCUUGGGGAGCACUUCUUGCUGAAGGCAGUCAAGGUGUUCUCCGAACUGCCUAGUGUUGAUUGGGGCAGAGAUUUUAUAGCCGUUCUUCUCAGGCUGGGGUGCUGCUACUCUAAUGGUGUGUAUAAAGAAAAAGCAAGGCUGUGUUAUGAAUGGGCAUUUUUGGUGGCAAUGGAAACUGGCCAUUUGGAAGGGCAGCUCCAGGCUGUUCGGCAUCUGUGCCAGUUCUACAGCGCGGUUCUUCCAGAUGAAGUUCAGUGUGUCCGUUACAACGAGUACCAGCUUUCCUUACUCAGGAAAAUGCCUGACAAAGCCAUGGAGGGGCAGGUGCUGGAAACCAUCAGUCGGCUGUAUCUGUCUCUAGGAACUGAAAGGGCAUACAGAUCCGCCCUGGAAUACACCAAGCAAAGCCUUGGGCUGUUCAUUGAUCUUCAGGCAAAAGCAAAAGAAGCGCAAGCCUGGCUUCAGGCGGGGAAAAUAUAUUAUAUGUUGCGGCAGAAUGAGCUAGUAGAUCUUUAUAUUCAGGUUGCCCACAAUGCUGCUGUCUGCACUCAGGAUCCUAACUUAGAAAUGGAAUUAUUUGAAGCUUCUGGAGACAUAUUUUUUAAUGGAGACUGGGAAAAGGGAAAAGCUGUGUCUUUCUAUAGGGACAAGGCUCUACCACUUGCUAUUAAGAUCCGAAACAGAAAUGCUGAGCUCCGUCUCUGCAACAAACUGGUGGGAUUGCUGUUAACGUUAAAGGCAUAUGAGGAGUGUCUGGGAUAUGCACAAGCAUCACUAACACUCAGUGUUGAUUUAGGGAUGCAGUUAAAUGAAAGAGCGGCCUAUCACCGUUUGGCUGUCAUCCACCAUCAUCUCGGGCACAGUGAGCUUGCUGAGCACUUCUACUUGAAAGCUUUGUCUCUCUGCCCUUCCCCUCUGGAAUAUGAUGAAGAAGCAUUAUACUAUGUCCAGGUCUACCUUGUUCUAGGAGACAUCAUUUUCUAUGAACUGAAGGAUCCCUUUGACGCCGCUGGGUACUACCACUUGGCUCUUGCAGCAGCCAUGGAACUGGGAAACAAGAAAGCUCAGCUGAAGAUUUACACAAGGCUAGCAAUAAUCUACCACAACUUCCUGGUGGACCGAGAGGUGUCCCUCUCUUACUACCAGAAGGCCAGAGCUUUUGCAACAGAGCUUAACAUUCGCAGAAUCAAUUUAUCCCCUCAUCAGUGUCAUAUGAUAACAGCAGGAACAACUCAGGUCAGCAAGAACCUGAAAGGAAUUUAGGAGCACAAUGAGGAGAUGGGGGGAGGGGAUAUCGUGGAGAAACCAGGUACCAGUUGUAUAAGUAUCAGCGGCUUUAAAUAAAUAAUUUAGAGUAAAUCUUGCAAAUUGAGGAUAUCUGGGGGAGGGGUGGAGACCAUUUUGUCACUGAGGGGCCAGUUCUGAGGAGGCUCUGCUUUAUAACUCACCAGCUGGCCCCUAAAAGUGCAACUACACAGAGCAAGGCCUUGGAGAAAAACUUCGAGUGGCAAACAGGCCUGUAUGAGAGCACGCUGUCCUUGAAGCACCCCAGUCUUAGACCACUGGGGUUUUUUUUAAAGGUCAGGAUUAGCACUUUUUGUGCCCAGAAACAAAGGAGGGCAUCUCAGACCGUUUUUGUGAAGCUGGCACCCUUCAGCAGUUGGGAGAAUAAAAUGAGGAUAAUGAGGUGAGUUACUUUGGGUCUCCAUUGUGGAGAAAGAUGGGGUAUAAAUGAAGUAAUUAACAGAUAUAUCCAAAGAGAGGGAGGUAGAUAAAAGGUAGGCUAGUUGAUAGAUGGGAAGGAGAAAAUGAAGCAAGGAAAGGUGAGGAUAUUGGGGUUUUCAGAGGAGGAAAAGACACAUUAGUGUGGGGAAGGGGAUACUGGAGAAAAUGAGAUGCCCCCUGAAAGCACAGGUGCAACUGGGUCACUAGUAGAGUCUACCAGGAGGAGGCAAGGAAGGAAAGCUGAAGAAGGGGGAGGGGAUACAAGUGGGAUGGCUGGUGGGUGUGAAAAAGAGAAGCAAGAAAGGGAGAGAGGCUAUGGGGGCUUUUAGGGGAGAGAGCCAGAACUACUCUUCAAAUCCCUGAAGGGCUGGCCAUCCCAGGGAAAAGGGCAAAGCCUUGGUCUCUGCAGCUGUAGAAGUCAAGACUAGAUCUAAUGGGCCCAAGUCACUGGAGGACUAGUUUCAGAAAAACUUUUGGAGUAUUUUGACAGUGGAACUAGUUAUCUGGGUUGGUCUCUGGCGGAGAUUUCUAAGCAAAGGCUAGGAGCCAUCAGUGGGGGGAAUGCCCUGGCACGGAUUUCCUGUGCUGAGCAGAAGGGCUGGACUUCCUGGCCUCUAAGGCCCCUUCCAGCUCUAGGAUUCUGUGCUUCAGCUCAGCCAUCAGCUACUGAGAGUGGCAAAUCAGUCUGCUGAUCAAGUGGUGCAGUCUCAGGCUGCCCCAUUGGUCCUCCGCAAGGAGGCCAAGUGCCCAGUGCUGCCUGCCUGCUUGGUGCCUGCUGGCUGCUGCCUCCACCCUGAGUCAGACAGGUGUGAUUCCUUUUCAGGUGUGUUUUGCCGGCUUCUCAGCUGUCCUCUUUGCCACUGUGCUUAAUUUAUACGUAAAGGGGAUGCUUUUCUAACCCUGGUUUGUUUCAAAGUUUUUUGCAAGGGCUUUUAAUUGCCUCCUUUUCUAAAGGGCGCCCUUCUUCCCCCUCCCCCAAAUCCAAACCCUUUGCAUUGUCACCCUUUCGCUGACAUGUGGCCAAGCUGGCCUUGCUCGGGGAACCAAAGGCAUGGCUUCCCUGAUGCUUGGCAUGUAUGGCUUGACAGGUUAGUGCCUCCACACUGGCAUGGUGCCUAAUUUCCACCUCAUCUGAAUGUGGAAUGAAUGCACCUAUUGAUGCAUGAGGUUCUUCCUUCCAUUUUAGUUGACUUUUGAUUCGUCCAGCCAUCAUGAAGAUGGUGUAGAUUAUAUGGCUGAAAGCCAAGCUACAAGUGAUGCCGGACACAGGUUGGACGCUUGUCAG